AUGCCUUCAUUGUACAACAAGACUCCUUUGGUACAGCAAACAUUCACAGAUGGGGAAUCAGACUCUCCCCAAUUCUUUAUCAAAUCUGAGUUUUCACAGCCAGGCGGGAGCUUCAAAAGUAGAGGAAUUGGAUACUUGAUUUCAAAAAGUGCUGCAAGAAUAGAAGAAGGGAGCGGAAAGCCGCCUCAUGUUUAUUGUAGCUCCGGUGGCAAUGCAGGACUCGCUGCCGCUACUGCUUCUGAAAUUCUCAGUCUUCCUUGCACCGUUGUUGUUCCUAGGACUACAAAGGAAUCCAUGAUAUCCAAAAUAAGAGAUAGAGGUGCCGAGGUUAUCGUAAAGGGCUCCCACUGGAAGGAGGCCGAUUUCCAUCUGUGCGAAUCUAUAAUUAAAUCCGCAGAAGGCUCCAAACACGUACCUAUCUAUGUUCACCCAUUCGAUAACUCAGAAAUCUGGGAUGGUCACUCUUCAAUAGUUGAUGAGAUUAUCGAAAGUCUCAAGUCAGAGCACAUUGAUUUGGACAGGCUCAAAGGUAUAGUUUGUAGCGUUGGUGGCGGUGGAUUGUUUAACGGUGUUAUUCGAGGUCUGGAAAGGCACAAUUUGGCGCACCAAGUUCCUGUCGUUGCAGUGGAGACAAAAGGUUGCGAUGUUCUGAAUGCCUCCCUGAGAGCUGGUCAUCAAGUUACAUUGGAGAAAAUCACGAGCGUUGCCUCGUCUUUAGGCUCAGUUUAUACACCUAAAGAGACAUUUGAUUAUGCUACGAAAUAUAAUACAAAAUCUGUUGUUCUGGAUGAUAUAGCAGUUCUGGAAACUUGCUUAAAGUAUGCUCAGAGUAAUAAUGUUGCAGUAGAACCGGCAUGUGGAGCGUCGAUUCAUUUGGCAUAUAAUCCCGACAUCCUGGAACAUGCUUUGGGAACAAGUUUAAAGAAAUAUGAUGUAAUAGUAGUCAUAGCCUGUGGUGGCUCAGCUGUAACAACUGAAGAGGUGUCUCGUACUCUGAGUGUUUUAAAAAACGAAAAAUGA